GCCCAGGGGCGUGAAACACCUCAUGAGGCCCCCCCCAAAAAAAAAAUAUUGGGUCAGCCCUGCCACCUGAAUCACUCAGCUGACAAAAAUGGUCACAACUUUGACAGUUGCCUUGAACAAUAAUAAUAACAAUAUCAAGUUAUUCCCCAGUAAUUAAAAAUUCUGAAUAUUGUUUAGACGUCAAGUGUUUAAUAGUCGACAAUUAUUUUCCCUUGUAUCCCCUGCAUUUUGUUAACAACAAAUUGUGGGAAUUAAAUGAUCGCUUGGCUUUUCAGUGAGCAACAAUGGCAGUGUCAAUAAACGAAAUUUGUGAAAACACAAAAUUAGCGAGAGAUCUUGCACUGACUGGAAAUUACGACACAUCGGGUGUUUAUUAUCAAGGUGUUGUUCAGCAGAUUCACAGAUUAUUAGCAACAAUAGUGGACUCAACGAGAAAAUCAAAGUGGCAGCUGGUGCAGCAUCAGAUUGUCCAGGAGUUUGAGAAAGUCAAGGCAUCGAUUCACACGCUGCAAUUGUUCAAAGUCGACGUUAGAACAGAGAGAAUGCUGGGAAGCUCUUGUUUGCAGUUCGAGGAACCAACGAGAGAUCCAGCCCUCUGGUCCCCUAACGUUGGAUCAUCCUGGAAUGCACCAGGUGCUCGUGAUCCCGAUGUCUGGCCCCCAUUGACACCAACAGAGCAAAAAUCCACGAGUAAAAUCACCUCCAACACCCGGGGAAAGCAGCAGACUAGGUCUGGGGUGAAAAAACCCCUGACAGCUAGUGGAAAAAAACAAGAGGCCAAGGGGAACAAUUCUGGAAGGAAAGACGAUAAAAAAUCUCAGAAAAAGGACGAAAAGGAGAGAACGGAUAAUGAGAAAGGAGAAAUAGACGUGGAGGAACGUAAAUUUGAGCCAGCAGGUGGUGACAGAGAGCUGGUAGAUAUCCUAGAGCGUGAUAUUGUCCAGAAAAAUCCGAACAUUCGAUGGGACGACAUAGCAGAUUUGUCUGAAGCCAAGAGACUUCUGGAAGAGGCUGUGGUCCUGCCCAUGUGGAUGCCAGAUUAUUUCAAGGGGAUUCGACGUCCCUGGAAGGGUGUCCUGAUGGUAGGACCACCAGGAACAGGAAAAACAAUGCUUGCUAAGGCUGUCGCAACAGAGUGUGGCACAACUUUCUUCAAUGUAUCGUCAUCGACACUCACCUCGAAGUAUCGAGGUGAAUCAGAAAAACUCGUUCGACUGCUUUUCGAAAUGGCAAGAUUCUACGCACCCAGCACUAUUUUCAUCGAUGAAAUCGAUUCACUUUGCUCAAGACGUGGGUCUGAGUCUGAGCACGAGGCAUCCAGGAGAGUCAAGUCAGAAUUGCUCGUUCAGAUGGAUGGAAUCAGUUCAAAUAGUGAGGACUCCAGUAAAGUCGUCAUGGUGCUGGCGGCAACCAAUUUUCCGUGGGACAUUGACGAGGCUCUCAGGAGGAGAUUGGAGAAACGAAUUUAUAUUCCGUUGCCCAAUCGAGAGGGACGAGAGGCUUUGCUGAAGAUCAAUCUCCGAGAUGUUAAAGUCGAUACUUCGGUUAAUCAUGCGGAUAUAGCGCGCAGGUUGGAGGGCUAUUCUGGAGCGGAUAUCACGAAUGUGUGCAGAGAUGCUUCCAUGAUGUCCAUGCGGAGGAAAAUCGCUGGACUGAGGCCAGAUCAAAUCAGACAACUUCCCAAGGAAGAAUUAGAUCUGCCCGUGUCGUCGAAGGACUUCCACGAGGCCAUAGAAAAAUGCAACAAGAGCGUAUCCCAGGAGGACCUCGAGAAAUAUGAAAAAUGGAUGAGUGAAUUCGGCUCCUCGUAAGCAACUCCUCCAUCGGGGAAUAAAUACCGAAGUCUUCCACGCGGGAAUAAUCACCGAUAAUUAUUUCAGUUAUUCAAUGUUCAAACAUUAAUCCUUGAGGGAUUUUUCUUAUCAAUCUGGGAUUCAAAUGAUAUCAAGGUUUCUCGAAUAUUUUUGGGGAAAUUGGAAAUUAUGCAGACGAUUCUAGAAUUAUUCUUUGUAGAUGUCAUACUGUUAAUUUGUUCUGUCGAAUUUUUUAUGUUGAAUUAGUGUUAUAUGCAUUGACUUUAUGGUAAUUUAGGGAAGAUCAAGAUAAAUCAAAAUUUUCUAUUAAUUAACUUUUGUUCUGUUAACUACUAUUGAAUAUCAAUCUAAAAUUCAAAUAAGAAAAUAAAAUAAUAACACAGUAAUUGA